AUGCAUGCUGCGAAAGCUCACCUCAGUUGUGGGCCUCCAUUCACCGACCGCAAGGAACAGGAGGAGGAGGACGCAGAAAGGAUGAAAGAUGGGAUGGGGAAGACGGCGAGCAGCACGUCUAAGUAUCGCAUUGCUCGAACCGAGCAAGCAACCCUAUCUCGCUUUUCGACAAUGGAUGCUUUUCUUGCUGAUGCGAACACGACGGAAGGCAGCCACGGUGCAGGAAUCCUAAUUAUCCAUGCAGAGUUCAUUAAUAAGCCUAAUGACAUCCGACUGGGUUCCCGCGAUGCUUUCUUAAGUCGGGUCACGACAGGGCAUGCCUCCGGAUCCUGUGGGACCGCUCCAAUGAUCCUGUGGGACCGCUCCAAUGAUCCUGCGGGUACAGCAAAGAAGGAAAUUCCAGUGAUAUGUGGAAUGGCAAAUCCGUUCCUGGGCUGGUCCUCCAAUUUUCUUAGCCCUCGCCGAAUCACGAAAACGUCGCGGGCGAGUUUGGCCUAUUACUUUUCUUCAACUCCUAUCCCGUUGCAUAACUCGACCCACCUCCUGCUGACGAUCGCGACGAUCGUCGAAAUGGGGCUCCUCGACUCCAGAAUCGCCUGCCACUCCAAGAGGAACUUCGACGGCUGCUACGCGGAAAUCCUCGCCGUGUGCGUCGCCUUCUGGAUCUUCACCUACCUGUGGGUGGUGGUGGUGAGCAAUUACCAGAACCUGAGGAAGACCAAUGAGGAAAGCUCAACGCAACAUCUUCACGGCUACGAAGACGCGAAGCGCCUCACCGACUCCUCUCCGGGGAGCACGACGGACACGACCGAGAGUUCCGUGCCUUGA